AUGACUGACGCGCUGGAAGGCUGUAAACUCCCACAAAGCGGUGUGUAUAAAAGGAGAAGGGUCCGUGUUCCCGUCAACACAAACAUCGAGAGUCCAUCCAAGGAGCCUGAGUGGAUUCCUCUGCCUGCAAGUAUGAAAAUUGUGAAUUACAAAGUGACCGUAUACACUACCGAUGUGGCCAAUGCCGCCACCCUUAACAACGUCUACAUCAAGCUGGUGGGCACUGAUGGGGAGAGUGACCGCACCUGGCUCGAUAAAUAUAAAGGAGCCCUAUCCUUCAUCAGAGGAGCAGACACUUCUUUCACUGUGUCCUGCCCCGUCUCUCUUGGAUCGCUGGUCCUGAUAGAGCUUGAUAAAGAGCCUUUCAGCAUCUUCCCUGAAGAUUCUUGGUUCCCUGCCAAGAUAGAAGUGAAGUCCCCUGAGGGUAAAACCUACAUGUUUCCCAUCCAUCGCUGGAUCACUGACAGUGAGGUGCACCGCUUCAGGGAGGCAAAAGCUCUGAGAGUCUUCGAGGAUGACAACGAUCUGGGCCGAUACAGUCGGAUGCAGGAGCUGAAGCAGCGAGAGGAAGACUACCGCUGGGAUGAGUAUCUAGAGGGAAUACCCCACUGCAUGAAGACAAAGGGCCUUUUUUCUCUGCCUUAUGAGGUCUGGUUCUCCUUCACUAAGGCUUCAGAGUUUAUCUUCACAGAAGCCACUGCGCUGGUGGAGUUGCAGCUGAAGGGAUUAUCUGAUUGCCAGGAGAACUGGCCAGAUAUUGAUCAUAUCCAUAAGGUGUUCUGCUGCAAAGACACUGACAUCUCAGAUUAUGUCCAGGAUAAUUGGAAGGAAGAUGAUUUCUUUGGCUACCAGUUUCUAAACGGGGCCAACCCCAUGAUGAUCCAACGUUGUUCAGCCCUGCCUGGUAACUUUCCUGUGCCAGAGGCCAUGCUCUCCCUCGAGGGUCGGAGGUUGGCAGAUGAAAUGAAGAAAGGAAACAUAUUCCUGUGUGACUACAAGCGUUUGGAUGGACUGAUGCCAAACGUCAUCAACGGGAAGAAGCAGUACUUGAUGGCUCCUCUGGUCCUGCUUCAUAAAACCAGCAAUGAUGAGCUGAUGCCAAUUGCUAUUCAGCUGAAGCAAAUCCCUGCACACGAUAAUCCCAUCUUCUUUCCCACUGAUGGGUUUGACUGGUUGUUGGCCAAAGUUUUUGUGAGAAGUGCUGAUUUCAACGAGCAUCAACUCGGGACUCACCUGCUGCGCACUCAUUUGCUGGCUGAAGUGUUCACCGUGUCCCUGCUGCGCAACGUGCCCAUGGUGCAUCCGCUGUACAAGCUGCUUGCACCUCACACUCGCUACACUAUACAGAUCAACUACCUAGCUCGAGACUUUCUAAUAUCUGAGUCUGGAGUUUUCCCACAGAUCGCAGCUUCGGGGGGAGACGAUAUGAAGACACUCCUGAAGAGACUGUGGUCCUCAGUGACCUACAGCUCCCUCUGCAUUCCAGACGACAUCGCUGAGCGUGGGCUGGAGGACGUGCCCAACUUCUACUACAGAGAUGAUGGACUCAAGCUUUGGGGUAUCAUCAACAGGUUUGUGCAGGGCGUGCUGAGCUUCUACUACAAGACUGAUGCUGAAGUCCAGAAGGACUCUGAGCUGCAGAAGUGGAUUUCAGACAUCUUUGAAUAUGGAUUCCUUUCUCAAACCGGCCCAGGAAUCCCCCAGGGCUUUACCACUGUGGCUGGUUUGGUGAAGUUUGUCACCAUGGUCAUCUUCACUUGCUCAGGACAGCACUCGGCGGUGAACAGUGGACAGUAUGACUACGGCGGCUGGAUGCCCAACACUCCCAGCUCCCUACAACAACCUCCGCCCACCACAAAGGGGAGAGCAAGCGAGGCCACGCUGCUGCAAACAUUACCUGAUGUCAACACAACCGUUAAGGGGAUGGCCACCUUGUGGCUGCUCAGCAAGCAGUCCACUGACUUUGUUCCUCUUGGCCAGUACCCAGAGGAACACUUUGGUGAGAAACAACCCUGCAGGCUGAUAAAGCGCUUUGAAGCAGAGCUUAAAGUGCUAUCAGCUGAGAUCAGAGCCAGAAACCACAUUCUCCAUGUUCCCUACACAUACCUGGAUCCACUGGUAACAGAAAAUAGCGUGAGCAUUUGAAUAUCAGAAGGUGUGAUAUCCUCAGAUGUCGGCCAAAUUCAUCUUCACAUUAACAACAACUAGGAAGGGAAGAACUGCAUGUUGGGUCUUUUCCUGGAAUGAAACGGUGCACAUGUUUGUGGUAUGCUGAUCAAUUUAACUUCUGAAUUUACUGUUUUGUAUCAUCAAACAUUUUUUUGGUUCUUCAAUGAAUAUUC